AAUCAACCUGAUUCAGUGACCCAUUGAAAAUUCUGUGCUGUCUUAAAAUGUCACAUGGCUUAUAGACUGCAAGUCCUUGAACGUUUUAGCAUUUCCACUGAACCUGCGAGUAAUUAUGCUGUUUUAUUAGGGAAUUCUAUUGCUUUGUAUGCAGCUCCAGUUGUGGAGUUUUUCUGUGGGCUUUGAGUCAAGAGGAUUCAAAUGGCCCGAGAGUUUAAUGAGCUGCUAGCAUAAGAACAUUAGUCAUUUGGCUGCACAGUUUCUCCACCUGCUCCCCUAUGGGAUGUUGUUGAGAGUGACAUCUGAAACACCUGCUUUGGUCCCAUUUACAAAGUCAGUAAAAACAGUCAAUCAAGCUGAAGAGCUGGUAAAACAUGACUGUGCCCUUGAAACAUGGGCCAGGGCACUUGUCUUUUUAUUGAGCCUAUAAUUCACCUGUGACUGCCUGUUGAUUUAUGACAGUUGGAUGGGAUGAGACUGUUCAUACUGCUGAUGGCUAUUGUGGCCAGCAAAAGUGUGUGUGUGUGGGAGACUGCUGUGUGGCAUGCGGGAGGGGGGUGGGGUAGGCUACAGCUGGAACUAUAUAACCCAGUUGGGACCGACGGAGCAUGUACAAGUCUUCUUUUCCACCUGUGGACCUCCGUAAGAAUCAGAGCCCCUUCCAACAACAGCGUCCUACAGUGAUGAAGUGUAACCAUCUCCUGUCCUGGGCCUUCCUGCUCGUGGCCUCUGGCCCACUGCUGGCUCACCCCAUCACAGAAUCUGCUGAGAUGCCUUAUCCAGGACCUGUAUCAGCGGAGGACCGAGGAGCCGGCACUCUGGAUGAUCUGUCUCUCUCUGAGCAAGCCUUCCCUUCUCAGGAUGGUGCUGGUCUCAGAUAUUCCACUCUGAUAUCUGGGGAGAUCAACAGAGAUGGUGUCAGAACAGCAGGCCUGCUUCCUAGGGGGAUGAAAAGAGAGGUCCUACUGGAGAAACAAAGUCUCCUAAAUCCAUUCAGCCAUGUGUUCGGCAUCCGGAAGCAGUUCAGGAAGAGAGGAGGGAAUUCUGAGUGUUUCUGGAAGUACUGCGUCUAAAACUAAAACAACAGAUAUUAAUGCCACACACACAA